CGCUCCGACCUCCAUUUCAGCAGUAGCUCGCCGAAGUCACAGGGGGGUUCGUAGAUGCCCGGGAGUAUACAGUAGAACGUUCCUUCUGUACCUCGUAAACGACUUCUCUGUCACGGGCUGACCGGUCGUCGAAAGUUCUCGUCUGGAUUCGCUCGAAAUGGAAAUGGCGGUUUGUGGCGCUUCCUUGCCCCAGACUUAGGGUUCAGUCUUCCUCUCAAUGAUCUGCGCAUGGUCGCCGUCUCCUUCCUCCCUCGGUCCCUGUCAUCCUCCGUCGUGUCACAGCUCGAUUGGGACAUGCCGCCGUCCGCUCUCCAUGUGCCCGCUGCCAGGGUCGAGCAAGCGCGCCGCCCAACUGCACCGACCCCCGUUGCCUGCCACCUCCGUUUCUCAGCCGUUCGCAACCGCCGUGGCGAAGCGUGCCCCAAUGAGCACUCCUGCCCCCCCAAUACCACAUCGGCCUCAUCCCCAGACUACCGCACGUACUGUGCGGUUUGCGGAACCGCCUCACGUUCGCAACCCGCCCAAGCUUUCCAUCAGCCAACUGUUAGGUGCUGGUGGUAUCAUACUCCCCGGCGAGGUCGCCCUGCGCUGGUCGUACCUCGGGCGGGCGAUUCCAGAGUUCGGUCUCCUCUGCCGUGUUAGGGCUUGGGACGUCGACUCGGACGGCCUUCUAGGCACGGUCGAGGAUAUGGCGAAUCGCUCGAUCGACGUUCUCGACGUGGGCGAGAGGGCGCCUGUCGACCAUUAUCGUCGUGUUCGCGUUGGAGACGUGCUCUCCAUCAGGGGUAGGCUGAAACGCGCCGCAGACGGCUCCGCUACGUACAUUCAUCCUUUGGCUCUCAUUGUUUUCCUCCCUGUCUCCGCGCCUCUCUCACAACACCUCGAUGUUCUGCGGUCGCACCGGGCCGAUACGAAGAGUGAGUAUGAGGCUCACAAACUAACGACAUUCAAGCUUCGUAACGCUCUCAUUUUCGACUGGCUCGUCCACUCCCGACGCGAAUCCGAAGACGGCCGCGGCAUGUUCGAUCGAGUACCGGUCAACUACUUCCAGAUUGUCGCCCCCUUGGACGCAUGUAUGCGCCUCAUUAUGGCGUGGCGGGAGCGCAACUUUCCAUCUCAACGAGCUGCAAGCAUCCAACGCGUUCUGCGCGACAUCGCCGUCCCCCUUCUCAACACCCGGCUUCCAAACCUCGUUGAGGUUGUCAACGAAUCAUUCGACACGCUGGUUGCUCAGGGGAAAGUUCUGGAGGCCGUGUUACCUCACGGAGUAGCGUACUAUUAUUGAGCAUCGUCUUCUCGUUGGUAUUCCGUCGUUCGUAUCGUCUCUUCGCUCCAAAGUAGAUAUCUGUCUCUGUACGCCGGCUUUGGCUCCGGGCCCCGCGGCUUGGUUCUCGGCGUGUGGAGGCCGUCUGCCGCACCAU